AUGGAUAGUCCCUCCCCUGUUCCCGAUGACUACAGCAAUGAAAGUUCCAGUGAAUCUGAUCAUCCAAUUAACAUUGACGAUAAACCUUGUGCAGACAUCACAAAGAAUGAACCAGACUUAAUAUCAUUGACCUCUUUUCUAUUAGGUAUAGUGUUUGGACUGUUUGUCGGCUUAAUUCCAACAUUAAAAUUUAAAGGCAUAAAUUUUUAUAUUAUUGCAUUAACCUUGUUCCACUUUUUGGAAUAUUAUAUAACAGCAAAAUAUAAUCCAAGAAAGGUCCACUCUGAUUCAUUUUUAUUAUUUGGAAAUGGUAAAGAAUACAUUGGAGCCCAUACAUUCGCUCUCCUGGAGUGUCUUGUAGAAUACAUUAUAUGGCCUGAAUCUAAAAAAACAACAGGAAUCCAGCACUAUGUUGCAAUCAUUGGUAUGAUUUUAACAAUAAUAGGCCAGCAUAUCAGAACAACGGCUAUGAAAACUGCCGCACAAUCAUUUUCACAUAUCCUUAAAAGAAAGAAGGAAAGAGACCAUACUUUAGUAACGACUGGAUUAUACGCUUAUUUCAGACAUCCUAGUUAUUUCGGAUUUUUCUGGUGGACAAUUGGUCUUCAAUUAGUCCUCUUCAAUCCUUUAUCUUCAUUAAUUUUUACACUAGUACUGUGGAGAUUUUUCAGUAAGAGAAUUAAGGUCGAAGAAGAAUAUUUGAUUUCGUUCUUUGGAAAUGAUUAUAUAAAUUAUAAGAAAAACACAAAAGUUUGGAUUCCUUUUAUCCAAUAA